AUGGCUUUGAACCUCACCUCCCGAGCGGCCAAGACCGCCUGCGCUGCAUCCAAAUCUGUCGCCCGCCCGAUUACGACAUUCAUCCCAUCCCGCGCCUACUCAAACUCUGCUGAGGACGCCCAACACCGGCCCCGAUGGUCCUACACCCCGGAGCAGGCCAAGGCGCCUUUCAGUUUACACCUUAACUCCAAGCGCCCUGUCUACCACGUCAACACAGACCCCGAGUUGCUGGACCGGUUCUACAUCCGAUUGCUGGGCAAUGGUGGUGACAAGGUCCUCUCUGAUGAGACCAAGUGGUUGGCAGUGACACAUAAGAGUUUCGACCAAGGACGUCGGGGUUUCAACGAUCGAUUGGCAUUCCUCGGAAAGCGCAUUGUGCACCUGCAAGCAUCGCUGGCUCUGGCGCAGAACGUAGCUAUGCCGGCAUCAGGCGCGGCACCCACGGAGCCUGUCAACAAGGUGGACGAGUUUGGUCGCGUGCCAUUCUCCCACCCGGCCCUCCAAGGACUGGGCAACCUAUCCCCCGAAAAUAAGAAGGUCCUUACUGACCGAUCGAAACUUGCUGAGCUUGGACAUAAGUACGAUCUGCCCAAGGUUCUCAGAUGGAGCCCCAAACAGCCCGAGGAUCUGCAACGAUCUGGCUAUGAUCUCGUGCUCGCGCAUACCCUGUAUGCUAUUAUCGGUGCUGUUUCGUUGGAAAAGGGAGCUGUCGUUGCGACCAAAUUGGCUCGGGAGCGGAUACUUGAGCCCCUGGGCCUCAAGUCGGUCUGA